AUGAUCACCACAAACUUGGAAAAUACCAGUGGCUCUCUGUCGAGAGAGAAAACUUUUGAAAAAAAUAUACUUCUAUUCGGAUCCACUGGCUUAACUGGCUCAUUGGUAUUCGAGUAUUUACUGGAUCCGUGUUUUUAUUUGAAUAGCGCGGUUGAACUAAGAGAGCUAUUACUUGAAGCAAUCGAGGAAGGACUAGAAAAUGUUACUAUUAAGACAUGUCUUUAUUGUUUCAAUAGGAAAAUCGGUGAACCUUUAGACAAAUACCUGAAAUCACCAAGUGCUAACAGUUUUGGACCAUUUUGUUUCAAUGGAUCUCAAUAUCACUACAACAAAGGAACUUGCGUUCCAUUGGAUAUAGAUCAAGAUAUAGAAACCUCCAACGAUGCUACAUUUGAUGGCUUCCUAUACUAUAAGGAUAAAGGCAAAAAUGUUACUGGGAAAAAUCCAAUCAGCGGUGAGUAUUACGGUAAGGAAUAUAUGUAUUAUUUAGAAUACAUGUCCGCUGAAGGUAACCUACUAAAAUUGAACUUCAUCUUUAAUCAUAUCCAAUUAAUCAUUAAAAAUUCGUUUUCCUGGCCGUCAGUUAUUCCUAUUAUAUUCUCUGAUGAGGUUGAAGCAAUCUCAUUUAGAGAAAAGAUGCCACUAAAGAGGUAUUUUCCAUUACUCUCAGAUAUUAAAACCAUGAUAAGCACCAUAGGUACAACCACAAAUAGGAACAAAAUAUCCAAUACUACAUAUAAUGAUAUUGACUAUCAGUUAAAUGUUGAUCUGGUUAAGGCGUUUUCAAACACAGACGAUAAGAGCGUCAUAAUCGUAACUUCCUUCAAUAACACAAUAAUUAGUACAGUUUCACCAUACUUCAAAAUUAAAAUGAAGUUGGAAUCAACUCUAGCUAAUGCAAUUACUCCACCUCUGAAGACAUUAACCAUCCUAAGACCUGGCCCUCUUGUAGGAAGGCAUAGUGAUAUUUAUCCAACAAACGAUUCCAUCCUAAAAAAUAGCAGUCUAUUUGAGAGGGCUUUACUCCAUAAAAAGGCUUUUUUGCAGAAUAUGGAGUGUUUUGUAGAUGAUAUUAGAACUGGUGGAAUGUCUAUAAAGGCUAGCGAAAUUGUAGCAAGAACAUUUUACAGAAUACCAGGAUCAAAGCUAUUGGGGUACUGUAUCCCAGCACAAAAAGUAGCCUACGCAAUUUCCAUUGCUGCUGUAGACAAAUAUUUGCAUGAGGAACCAUUGACUAGAGUUGUUACUAGUGAAGAAAUGGAUAAUAUGAAAUAA